AUGUUGAAACCUUAAACAGCAUCCCAUUAAACUCUAAUUACACCUGUAUAAAACUAUCAUCCCAAACACCAUCUUGUUUAAAACUAGAAAUAUUCGAACUCCCAAAACCAAAUUAAAUACUUGUAGCAUGGUUAUGAGAAUAUCACGAAUGAAGCAGAAAAUUAUGAUUAGCCUGCUGCUGAAAAAAAGAUCAAGAAAAAAGUCCAAGUAAUCAAUAUUCUCAAAAAGAUAACAGGGAAACCUAGGGAUCAAUAACUUAAUCUUGACAACAUAAGUGAUAAUUAAAGUAUUUACAAUACUGUGGACAGGCAAGGAUCUUUUCAUGAAGGAUUUGCUACAGUGUCCCAUAAAAAAUAUAAUUCAAACAUAGCCUCCGAAAUCAGUCAUAACUACAAUAGUAAUAAUUAGUACUAAUUGCAAUAUUCAGCAACUGGAGUAUCUAAUUAAGGGAAAAAUUUUUCGCAAAUAAAUAACAAGCCUAAUAAGCCACCUAUCUAGCACACUGAACAGAAAUAAAAAUAAAAUUUCAUUCCUAGUAACAACAGAAGCAACUUUGAACAUCAAUAGCCUGUCUUUAAUAAUACCAUUAUCAUCCCUGAAAAAGGGAACGAUAGCCCAAAUAUGUAAAUGAAAAAAUUUGGACAGCAUAAAAGGAGCGAAACAGCUAUAGAGCUGCACAUGAAUCCCUAAUAGUAAUUAUUCUACAAAAAGUAGGGUUUUAUUGGAGGCCAAUAGCAAGAAGAAAAUUAAUCUAUUAAAAGUAUACUAAAAAAGAUUGCACACUAAAAUCAAAAUAACUAAAUCUCUCAGCUAUAGCCCCGAUCUAUGUCCAAUGACCGAUCUUAACCAUAAUAAUUUAGAAAUAUCAACUUUAAUGCUGGAUACACUUAUACUUAGACAGAUCAUUAAAACUUAUCAAACGGGCAAUCUCCAACAAACUUCAUGAUUUCUAAAAGUAGGAUUUAGAGUGAGAUAUAAUCUCAGAAUAAUGAUCAAGUUCCAUACAUGACUCUUAAAGUCAAGGCAAAGCCCUCAAUCAUUACAACCAACAAUGGCGGUAGUUUAAGAUAAAGCAUGACUCAUUAAGUAUCUAAGGAAAGAAUUAUAACAUAAAAAACUUUUGAUAAAAAUAUAAAUAUGCCAAGAAUAGAGACCAGUGCAACCCCAAUUAUAAUAAACACCAAGAUUAUAGCAAAUAUGCCUUCAUUAAAUAGAUAAUCAACAGUUGCGUCAGCACUUAAAAGAAAUGAUUCUUAUCAAAAAAAUCUUCAAAACAAUGCUUAUUUUCAAGAAGGAGCAUCACAGACACCUGUAAGUGGUGGAUCUAGCUUCAUUAAGGGCUCAAAAAAUCAAACAUAUAAUGUAAACACCAGUGGUUUUCAAAAUGCUCUUACAUUAAAGAAGGAACAUUCAGAUUAAUUCUUCCCCUCCAUCAAAUAGUAAAAGACGUAGCUGACUGAUCAGUCUAGCUAGAUUCCAAAGAUAAAGUACCCAAAUAGUUCCCAGUAUACUAACUAAAUGUCUCAAGAUUUUGGGAAUGAUCAAGAUACUGCGAAUGAAAUGAUAGAUAAUUAUUUUAAUGGAAAUCAAAGUUAGGGAGUAAACAAAAACAACUAUCAUAAAAUGAUUACAAAGUUAGUCUAAAAAUAGCCAACUCAUCAUCAAAGGAAUUAUUCUCACUAAAUAGAGUAAUCCUCUUCAGCAGGACCUAAUGGUGGAUCAUUAAAGGAAAAGCUUAAUUUAGAGAACUAGAUUAAAUUAAAUGUCAAUUUACAAAACAAAGUUUUGAACACUAGAAAUGAGGAUAUUCAAGGGAAGAUUCAAAAUAUAAUUCAGACAAUUCAAGCCAAACAAAGCUAGCAAGAUUAAAAAAAUUAGUUGGAAAUAGCACCAAUUUUUAAGUUGCCAGCCUCAACAAAUUAAAGCCAAAACAUAGACAGAGAGGACGAGAGCCCUUAUAACAACUAAAUGAAUCAGCCAAGGAAAGUCUAGUCAUCAGAGACUGUAGAAGAGAAUUACUCCCCAACUACUCAAGAAACAGCAAUGUUCAAAAACAAUGUCAUUAAGUCUUAUUAAACGGAAUUAAUGACUGAAUUGACUCCUUAAUAUUAGAUGAAAGUUGGCGGAAAUCAAUUGAAUUCAGUGCUAUAAAUAGCUUAGUUUAAGGAAUCACUAGAGAAACAGUCGACUCAAAUGUCAUCAAAUCACCAGAAUUUUUCCAGACAUAACUCUGGGCAGAUGCUUCCUUUCAUAGCAUCAGUGGGUAGCUCUUAAAUUAAAUUAGCUUAAAAUAUGCUACCUCAGAAUUCAGGUAUUUCUAACUCAGGCUAUCAAUAGAUAUUAUAGAAGAUGAUAGGAAUGAGGGAUAGUUCAGGCAAUAAGAAUCCACUAGAAAAUUCUCUAAAAUCAUCCCAUCCUAAUGUAAACUCAAAUAAGCAGAAUUCUAAACUAGGAAAUGGAGAGAAGAAAACAACUUCUCUGAUCAAAGAGGAUAGCAAUGAGGAGAAAUCAAGCUCAAAUUCUAACUCAAAUUAGGAGAUAAUUAUAGACCCUAAGGUAAAACCAAUCUAAAAACAAGAUUUGUUCACAAAGUAACUUAAGCAAUUUCUUAAAACUAAACAUGCAAGAUAGAAGACGGCUCAAUUACUUCCCAUAUUUGGCAGGAUCUAAAAUAAUCUUAUUGAGAAGAGAUAUAAUGAGGAUCUUGAUCUUAAAACUACUAGAGAUCAAUAGACUUAAAGGGAAAAUGCUGAAAAGAGUGAAUCGAAUUAGGUUAAUCAGAGUUAAUCAUAACUCCAAAGUUUUAGAGUUUUAACGAAUCUAGAGUCAGAUAGAAUGAGAGAUAGCCUAUAUGAAUUGUUGGCUUCAGAUAACACCACAGCAAGAGUUGAAAAGAAAAAAAGUACUAGGCAAGCCGAUAAAAACAAGUUUUGGCUUCUUGACUCAUCAAGAUUUGAUCAGGCUAUCGAGCAGUAAAAGUUAUAAAAGCUUAAAGAAGAUUAAUUGAGUGAUGAAUAAGAUUUAAACAUGUCAGACACAGUUGUUUUCGACAAGGAUUCUUCCUCUAAUGAUACUCCUCCAAAUAAGGGUGCUAAGGGCAAGGUCUAGAAAUUCAAAGAAAAAGAAGUGAAAAAAUCCGAAGAGAAAGUUUUAGUUGUUAAGCAGGAGACUGUUGAGCCUGUAUUAAAAUCAUAGAAUACAGUAGUUAAUUAAUCUAAUAAAAGUUUUGCGAAAUCAAUAAUAGAACCUCCCUCAUCCAGAUAAGCACAAGUUAGGUCAUCCAUCAAUGAAAGAGAAAAUGAGUCUAAUUUUAUAACAAUAGAAGCUUAGGAUGAUUUGGACGAGACUAACACAUAAAGUGAAAAUUAAUAAUCUAUGAUAGUUAACUAGCUCCUUACUCAUACCAAAAACUCAAUUGAUUCUCAUAAUUUCCAGAUCAGAAUCGAGGAAACUAUCAAUGAAAUAUACAAGCGCCUAAAUGUAGAUGUCAGUGAAAAAAUUUUACUGUACCCUAAAUUUAAGCUUCCAGCUUUAGAUAACUUUUUUUAGCCUUCAUACUAUGAUAUAAUCUAUGUGCAAAGUAGUUAAUAUACUAAGGACUAUCCUAGCCUUGAAGGGCAUUUCAAUUUCGAUGAGUGA